AUGGCUGGUCCAUCUUUAACAACAACAAUUGAAGAAUUUAAUAAUAAAGAACUUCUUGAUCGUAUUCGACCCCUUCUUCAACGCGAUAAGAUUCGUCUUUGGGAAGCACCAUAUACAGAUGCUGAUACUGGUGCUGAAAAUAUUCCUGAUGAAUUAAUUGAAAGUAUUUGUGCGGAAGUCGGAUGUACGAUAGAACAAACUCGUCUUGCUCUAUCGUAUCUUCGUCGACAUGCUUUAGAAAAAUUAGCUUCUAAAAAACGUACGGAUUUGAUAACACUCAAAAUUCGUUCAUCUGGUGUCUCGAAAAAUAAAAAUGAUUGUAUAAAUAUAAGUAUAUCAUGUCAAAGUAAUGGUCAUGAAUUGGAAAAAUUAAUUCAAGAAAAAUUAAAUUUACAUGAUCAAAAUCUCAAAAUGAUUUGUUCAGGUCGAAUGAUUCAACUCAAUGAAUCGUUACAAAAACAAAACAUUCAUACAAAUACAACAAUUUUAGUUCUUGCUGUACCAAAAUCAGCUAUUGCUUCAGCCUCAGCUGAUGUUCAAACAUCAAAUUUAAUUCAAGCCGUUAAAGAAGCAACUAAAAUUCUACAUGAUAAUGCUCGUAAUGCAGUUAAUUCUAGUCAAUAUCAAUUACGUAUAACUGAUCAACAAGGACGUGAAUUAACAGCAUUAUCAGAUGAUGAACGACGUUCUUUAAUGAUAGCAAUGACAUUACAUGAAAAAGGUCGUUCAUUUCUUCGACAACGUGAUUAUUUAAGUGCAUUAUCAUUAUUUAGUGAAGCUGAUAAUGAAUUUCGACAAUGUUCAUCACAAAUGUUAAAUUCUGUUGAUAAUUGGGGUCUACUUAAUUUGGAUAUUGUAUGGUGUUAUCUUUGUAUGCAAAAUGUUAAUGAUUUGCAAGAUGCUGCUGAACGAUUAAUGAGAUGUGAUACAUGUUUUGUUAAAGUUUAUGGAAAUUCAUUUCAACGUUUAAAUGCUUUACAAAAAGAUGGUAAAGGUCAUAUGGUACUUUUUGUUCGAUUACAUUUAUUACAAGCUAUUGUUGCUUACCAUGCUGGUCGUAAGAUUGAUGCAAAAAAUUUACUAGGUAUGGCGGAAGAAGAAGCACGAAUGAUGCAUGUUGAUCCAGAAAAAUUGACUCAAAUUAUGUUAAUGGGUUAUACAGUAACAGAAGCUCGACGAGGUUUAAGAAGUUCACAAGGAAAUAUUGAUCAGGCUGUCGAAUUUAUUAUUGAAAAUCGUCGAGUGCGAGAAGAACGUCUUCGUGAAGAAAGAGCUCGAGAAGAAGAGGAACGUUUACAAAAUCGUUAUGGACAUACUCAAAAUGGACAAAAAAUUAAUAUUACUUAUUUACGUCAACUUGAAUCAAUGGGAUACCCUCGUCGAGCUUGUGCCGAAGCAUUAAAACAAGCAAAUAAUCGUUUAGAAGAAGCUAGUGAAAUGUUACUUACAAAUAUUGAUACUCUUGUUACUGUUAGUCGAUUGUCAGCAGAUGAUCAUAAUGAUGAUGAUGGUGGUGCUAGUAGUAAUCAAGAAGGUGAAUUAAUUGAUGAUGGUACACUUAUACCACAAUUAGUAGCGUUAGGCGCUGAACCUGAACAAGCACGUGCUUUAUUAGAAAUUCAUGAUAAUCGAUUAGAUCGUGCAGCAGAAGAAUUAUUACAAAAAUUUAGAAAUCCAAUAGGAACAACGACGGAUAAUCCAAUGUCAAAUUUAUUCGAACGAGCACGAAAAAUUGUUGAGAAACGCGCUGCUAAAAGGGCUCGAUUAGAUGAAAAAGCUGCCGCUGAUGAACAUAAUCGUACUACAUUGGAAACAAUUGUACCUGAUUUAUUACGUGGUAAUCGACAACUAGAAGAUAUUAAUGGUGAUAGUGGACCCGAUGAUUAUCUUGAUUUGUUAUUAGAUGAAGAGGAAACAUUUAUUCGUGAAUAUCGACACAAAUUAAUUAACGAUGGUGUUAUUGACUAA